AUGUGUCAUCACUGCGAGGACCGUCUGGAGGACACGGUGGAGCAUAAGGAGUCGGCAUGCUCUGCAUGGGCUGAGCACCACUGUGUCCCCAGGAAUGUGAUCGAAGAUGGCAACCUCUCACGUCCGGUCCUAGUUCGGGCAAUAAUGCGAAUCGAGGAGGACUGGGAUGCCGUCUCCUCAUUAUCGCCCGAUAGGAUUAUGGACCAAAAAUGUAUAAUAGAUCUAUUUAGCAACCAAUUGCUUAUUGAUACAUUAUCAACAUUAGAUGGCGAGAGAAUACCAGAGCGAGUGGUUACUGCUAAAGGUACAGGGGCCUUCGGCUACUUUGAAGUCACGCACGAUAUCUCAAAGUAUACAUAUGCUGCCGUUUUCAAUGGAGUGGGCAAGAAAACUCCGGUAGUCGUCAGAUUUGCAAAGGCAUUUCAAAAUAAAGGGGGCUCUGAACUUGUCAGAGAUAUAAAAACUAUGGCAGUGAAAUUUUACACUGAAGAAGGAAACUUAGAUAUUCUUGCUCUUUCAAUACCUGUAUUUGCAUUUAAAUAUCCUAUAACGACCAGAGACAUGAACCAUGCGUUUAUGAGAAAUCCUCAAACUAAUAUGUACGAUUUGACUAGUCUUUAUGAUUUAGUGACACUAAGACCUGUUUUUGGUCAGGCCCUCUUUUGGUUAAUGUCGGAUUAUGGUAUGCCGAACGGCUACAGAAGGAUGGACACCUUCCCUAUUCACACUUAUGAACUAUCUAAUAGGCACGGAGAGAGACAUUACGUGCGCUUCAACUUUAGAACUGAAUUGGGUUUUUCAUACCUAACAACUGCCGAAGCAGCUGCUAUUCAAGCUCUAGAUUUGGAUUACUUUACUCGAGACUUGUACAAUGCUAUUGAUUCAAGACAAUACCCUGCAUGGAAACUUGAGAUGGAUGUGAUGUCACUGCAUGAUAUAGAAAAGGUCGAUUACAAUCCUUUUGAUGUUACAAGGCUAUGGAAAAAUGGUACAUUCUACACGGUGCCAAUUGGGCGACUAGUACUAAAUAGAAAUGUUAAAAAUCACUUCAGAGACAUCGAACAAGCUGCAUUUAAUCCUGCUAAUUUAGUACCUGGUAUUCCUGGACCAGUAGAUUAUUUAUUCCGUGGCAAAAGUAUAAUCUAUAGGGACGCUCAAAAUUAUCGUCUAGGUAGAAACCACAACAAUAUUUUAGUGAACAAGCCGUUAUACGCGAAGACGUAUGUUCGAGAUGGAAGACCACCGAUCAGCCUUAACAUGAGGAACGCUCCCAACUAUUAUCCUAAUUCAUUCCAUGGACCAGUUCCAUAUGUGGAUGAAAAGAGGCCAUGGAAGAAGUUAAGAGUAUUAGAAAGUAAUGCUAUAGAUUUGGCACCGAUGUGGCAUUUCUACAAUUAUAUUUUGGAGGAUGAAGCUCACAGGCAGAGGUUUAUAGCUAAUAUUGUCUUGACUCUUGUGCCAGUCACUCCGCCGGUUGUUCAGAGAGUUAUGAAACUUUUACAUUUAGUCGAUCAGGGUUUGAGUGAGCGAGUCAAGGCUGGUUAUGAGGCAGCCCUUACUGCCCAGCAGGCAGCAGCUUUGGCCAGUCCUCCUCCAGCCAUUCCUUCAAGAAGAGUUCCGUCUGCACAAAAUUAUCCAAAACAUGAUACAAAAUAA